AUGUCAUGUCUGGACAUCGAUGGAAGUGUUUUAGAAGGGGGAGGUCAAAUACUUCGCAAUUCCAUAUCACUGAGUGCCAUUUUAGGAAUACCGAUUCGGGUAAUGAAUAUAAGAGCAGGGCGCAGUAAGCCGGGCUUAGCCGCUCAGCAUUUAAAAGGCAUUCAGUUGGUAGCAGAGAUGUGCAAUGCCAAACUCAAAGGGGCCAACAUUGGAUCAACUGAAAUCGAAUUUACACCAGGCAAAAUCAGAGGAGGACACUAUCUUGCUGAUACACAAACUGCUGGGUCUAUCAGUUUGCUGUUACAAGUGGCUCUGCCUUGUGCCUUGAUGGCAGAUGGGCAUGUCACACUAGACUUGAAAGGUGGCACCAACGCCGACAUGGCACCGCAAAUUGAUUACAUGGACAAAGUGUUCAAGUCCACGUUGCAAAAGUUUAAUGCGGACUUCACAUUGAAGAUGCACAGGCGAGGCUACUUCCCCCGCGGCGGGGGUCACGUGACGGUGGGCGUGGCGCCGGUGCGGAGUUUGGCCGCCGCCAAUCUGACCACCCGCGGCGAGCUGCUGGGCGUGAAGGGCUGGAGCUUCGUGGCCGGCACGCUGCCCCUCAAAUUGGCGUACGAGAUGCGAGACGCGGCUCGCGACGAGCUCGGAGCCCUGAGAUCGCCCCACCUGGACAUCCACUGCUACAAGGAGGACAGGAGUUUCGCCCCGGACAACUGCAGCGGAAUCAUUCUGCGAGGUGAAACAUCCUCUGGGUGCGCUUUGGGGGCGGACGCGUUGGGGCGGCGGGGGGUGAGGGCGCACGAGGUGGGGGCGAGGGCGGCGGCCGAGCUGCGGGGGGCGCUGCAGGGGGGCGCCUGCCUAGAUCCGCACGCACAGGACCAGGUGAUAAUUUACAUGGCGUUGGCGGAGGGGGAGUCUGCGGCGAGGGAUGCU